AGACAUUCCUUCGGAUGAGUGGCAAUUGACACUGACACGAAGCUGUGUAGAGAACCGUCUGCUAGGCCCAAAUGCUUACUGGAUUUAAUGGACUGAACUUUUAGUUUGGAUCCGCAUCAUCAAACCGAUGUUCAGACUUUGACCCAUUGGAGCCAUGACACUGCCACUAAACAAUCCUGCAUGGCAAACACGUGGACAUAUAUGUUGGACCUACAAUUCCACGUGUCAAACUCUUUACAGAAAUCUCCGCAUGCAGCCGUUACUCACCGGAAUACCUCUUGCCUUUUUCUAUUCGUGUGUUUCCAGAAAUGCAAAAUUAAGCCCCGCCGGAGAAGAUGAAUGGAGCCACAGUAAUCCUAACUAUCAUCACGACUUUGCAGAAGAACCUACCAUAAUCCAAGUCACAGACAAUCAAAAGCUCCCUAGAAAUGCCGAAGGAGAGUUUCAGAUCUUCAUGGAGCAGUUCGGGAAGAAUUACUCUACAAGAGAGGAGUACGUUCACCGCCUCGGGAUCUUCUCCAGGAACAUCAUCAGGGCUGCAGAACAUCAGGCGCUCGAUCCAACGGCGAUGCACGGAGUCACGCAAUUCUCUGAUCUGUCAGAAGAGGAAUUCGAGAGGAUGUAUACUGGGGUGAAGGGCGGCGGUGGGUUCCAGUCGAUGAAAGGCGUUGAGGGUGAUGAAGUAACGGCGCCGUUGGAGGUUGAUGGGUUGCCUGAUAGUUUUGAUUGGAGAGAGAAGGGAGCCGUCACUGAGGUGAAGAUGCUGGGCGCCUGUGGAUCUUGCUGGGCUUUUAGCACCACCGGGGCCGUCGAGGGAGCUACUUUCGUAGCCACCGGAAAACUUCUCAAUCUCAGCGAACAGCAACUUGUAGACUGCGAUCACAUGUGUGACAAAAGAGAGAGAAGAGCAUGCGACGACGGCUGCGGUGGCGGACUCAUGACAAACGCCUACAAUUACGUGACGACGGUAGGCGGCUUAGAGGAGGAGAGUUCCUACCUUUACACCGGGAAGCGUGGCGAAUGCAAAUUUAAAUCAGAAAAAGUAGCAGUUAAAGUUUCCAACUUUACCAACAUCUCCAUCGACGAAAACCAAAUUGCAGCCAAUCUAGUCCUACGCGGUCCAUUAGCAAUUGGUUUGAAUGCCGUUUUCAUGCAAACUUACAUUGGCGGCGUGUCAUGUCCGCUGAUCUGCUCCAAGAGGUUUAUCAACCAUGGGGUCUUAUUGGUAGGGUACGGUAAGAAGGGGUUUUCGAUCCUUCGGUUAGGAAAUCAGCCUUACUGGAUUGUCAAGAAUUCAUGGGGAAAAAGGUGGGGAGAGAAUGGAUACUACCGGCUUUGCCGGAGCCAUGGCAUGUGUGGAAUGAACACCAUGGUUUCGGCGGUUGCUGUUCAACUCUGAUCUCCCAAAGAUUAAUUAAUAAAAUAAAUUUAUAAGA